CGAUUGUUGCUGUUGCAUGUUUCUGGAAUUACCUUCGCCGAAUACAUCAGAAUCUGCACGGGGAACCAGAGAAAGGAAACGAAACCACAACSACAGCCGACACCGAAACACAAGCCUAUCCAAAACCAAUACCAAUUCCAGUACCAACCGAAACAGAAACAUGAUGUUUGAUCGAAGAGCCAUACUGACGGCGCUGCUCGCCACCGCCGUGUCGUUUUCCGAUGCCUUCCAGCAACCCCUCGCMUACGGCAACGCUGUGGGAAACACCGGCAGCAGCACCGUGCUGAACAUGUCGACGGAAGCCGCCGCCAAGAAGCUACCGGGAACCGCUCAGAUGGACAAGCCCUGGGAGAAGCUCGGGUUCGAAUUCCGACCCACCAAUUCGCACGUGCAACUCAAGUGGAAGGAAGGAGAGGGAUGGUCCGAGCCAGAAAUCAUCAAGGUAAGACGAGUCUGUCAGACCGGGAAGGAGUCGGACGGUGCUUGUUGGCGGGUGCCUUUUGCAAUUGCCGUCGCGAUCGCGAUCGGAACACACAGCGUUUGCAUGGGAUGCAAAGAAUCGGAUGGAAAAGAUUUGAUUUGACUAGAUUAGAUAGAUCGCUAAGAUUUUGUGCUCGAUCUUUUGUUCCGUCAWUGUAUUCUCUGUUUUCGUGGCAAUGKUKAUUGCGACCGAUCCGAURCAAAAUUUGACACGCAAACAUUACAAAACCGCUACACGAUGCUUCGAUUUCGCAACGGACCCUUCAAAAUCGAACCACAAAACCGUCGACGGAAACACAAAUUCUCACGCUCACAACCUCCCUCUCCUCCCCCCCCCCACACACAGGAACCUUACGUCAACCUCCACAUCGGUGCGACCGUCUUGCAUUACGGACAGGCUUGCUUCGAGGGCCUCAAGGCCUUCACCCACAAAGACGGCGACGUAUACUCCUUCCGUCCGGAAGAAAAYGCCGCGCGCAUGCAGUCGAGUUGCCGCAGAAUCAUGAUGCCGGAGCUCCCCACGGACCUCUUUUGCGAUGCCGUUCAAACYGUCGUCAAGGACAACAUCGAAUUUGUCCCGCCGUACGGCACCGGCGGAGCCCUCUACAUCAGACCCCUGCUGUUUGGAUCGGGACCCAGAAUCGGACUGCAGCCCGCCGACGAAUACACCUUUUGCAUCAUGGUCAUGCCCGUUGCCGACUACUACGAGGGUGGCUUGUCCAAGCCYGUCGACGCCUUGAUCAUCAAGGACUACGACCGAGCUGCCCCCCAGGGUGUCGGCGCCGUGAAGGUUGCCGGAAACUACGCCGCCGACUUGCUGCCAAACAUGGAGAGCAAGAAAAAGGGAUACCCGAUUGGUCUGUACCUGGAUGCCAAAACCCAACAAUACGUCGAAGAAUUCAGCACCUCCAACUUUGUCGGGAUUGACAACAAAAACAAAAAAUUCGUCACCCCCAAAUCGCCAUCGGUGUUGCCAUCCAUCACCAACAAAUCACUGAUGCAGAUUGCCGAGGACGAGGGAUACACCGUCGAGGCGAGAAACGUGGCGGUAGAGGAACUGAAAGACUUUGACGAGGUCCUAGCGGUGGGCACGGCCGUCGUCGUUACACCCGUGGGAUCCGCCACCAUACUGGGCCAGGACGGCGAGGAAGACACCGUCUACCGGUUCGGAGAAGAGGGCGAGCUCGGUGAAACGACCAARCGAUUGUACCAGCGCGUCCGGGCAAUCCAGAUGGGCGACGACGAAGACACACACGACUGGAACAUGAAGAUAAACAACGACUAAGCCAGGAAAGCGACGCGUGGUCGAAUGCAUAAAAUAACUUGAUUUUU